AUGGCCAUAAAAUUGAACGGUACGUCGAAGUUCUCGUCUGAAAAUGAUACUGUAUCUGAUAAUUUUUUAGGUUUUCAUCGGAGUUAUGUGCCAUCAGUCCGUCUGACUGCUUUCCUGAUACUCAUAAUGUUCGUUAUUUCCUCCGUAAUCCUUUUCAACGCGUCGUUCACCGAUCAGACAUCGUCGUUGGGGCCCAGAAUAGAUCCCCUCUUAAUGUAGGUUUAACGGUAUUUUCACAAAAAAAUGUUUGCUCAUAUACGUAAAACAACCCCUUGGCUUCGAAUCAACCGAUUUGGAAGCUAGGAAGUACACUUAGAAAAAUAAUCACCAUAAAAGUGUGUACGUACUGUUUUCCCAGAAAUGUCGAGGAUAUCGAUGACUACGAUGCUGGAUGCAGUGGAUAUUCAUUCGGAAGGAUACUCCGAGAACAGAAAAAGUUUGAAAACCUUGUUUUCACUCUAAAAUAAGCUAAUUCGCAGAAUCUUGGCGUCAGUGCGCGCUGAACUCGCAGAAUCGCAGUUGAAAAUCGAGGAGAUCAGGACGGUACAGGAAGAAUUGCAAAGAUUGAUACCUCAGAAACGUAAAUUAUCAGGUUUUUUUCAAAUUUUAUCACUAAUUUCAUUUCAGAAUUAGAACUGUCUGCACUGGAAGGGGAGAUAGAAGCUGCUCAACGUCAGUUGGAAGAAUUGAGAGAGACGCAGAAUGUACGGGUGUUCCUACCUUUUUCUCCGAUCCAGACACCUCGAAUCCAACAUGAGUACGGUCAUCAUCUGCGUUAACAUUCAAUCCCGUCUGUUUCAGAUCCGUUCGACUCCCUCUCACGCAAGUUCCGACUCUUGACGAUGUUAUCGAUUACAGUCGAUGUUCCAUUUCUUCUUUCAUGCCCGUUUCUGUUCAAACGGUUACAGAAGGCAAUUUGGAAAAAGAGUGGAGAGAUAUCCUUCAAAAUGUUAUCCCUAACCUUGAGAGUAAUCCAGAAAAAGCGUGCUUGACUGUAAGAACUGGGUAGCAGAGCUGAAAAUAUGAAACCGUUUUCAGAUGAGCAUUACGAACGGAGUCGUUCCAACCGACAACCGUCCGAACGUCGUUCUUUUCAAUAUUGGAGAGCCGGUAAAGGAUCUGCAGACAAAUUCACUUCUUAUGCAACAUUCCCAGCUUCGGUAGCUCUUCCAAUAGUUUUCAGUUAUUACCAUAUUCCUAAUUUCAGCUCUUUUGAUCUCGCAAUAGAUGCCAAUUCCAUCUCUCCAUUUCCGGAGGCUCUUCCUGCACUACUUCCUCUCUACCGGAACCAUUUCAUCGCUUUCAUUCUUCCGAACGAUUCGGUUCCUCUUGACGUCUCGUCUCUGGAAGAAUCUUCCAGACAAGCACCUAAUUCGAUAAUCAUCAGAAAUUGUUCGAAAGACACGGGGAACUGUGACCGUACGGCACGAAAGGAGCUGUUCGCCGCCACCACAUUCUGCUUCCUUCUGCCUUCCGUCCAUUUCCUCGCCGAUUUCGUAGAUUCUCUCCGUGUCGGUUGCAUUCCGAUCGUCCUCUCGAACACUCGAAUGCUUCCGUUUCAAGAUCUAAUUGAUUGGCGGCGAGCCAGUCACCGAAUGUCAGCUGCUCGUCUUCCAGAAGCUCAUUUCAUUGUUCGCUCGUUUGAAAUCGCCGAUGUGCUGGAAAUGCGAAGGAUGGGAAGAGUGUUCUACGAGAACUAUCUGUCCGAUCGGAAGACGGUGGCCAGAAGUAUCAUCGCUGCACUUCGAUACCGAUUGCAAAUACCGACGAGAGAGAUGAGAUCGAGUGGCGGCAACCGGGCGGUGCCCCUGUUCAAUUCUUCGUUCACUGCUCCGAAGGGAUCCGUCGUAAAUGUUCAGCCGAACUUCGACGAUGAGUAUCUUCUCGGCCCUCUGGAAUCUCGUAUCGAAUCGACGCCAUACGUUCACAAUUUCACAGAAUUCCAACUGGUAACAGCUCUUUCUCGCUCUUACUUACUUACUUCUGGAUAAAUAUUUCCCAUUUCAGUAUUCAUACGACACGUGGAAUGUCGUUCUCUCUCCGCACAGCUCCAAAGAGUAUCUCAUCAAUGCGGUCGAACCUCCAGCUGAAGCGGAAUUCGACGAGUACACAAAGAGCGGAUUCCGUCCGAUCGACCCGGGAAGUGGCGUCGAAUUCAGCAAAGCGUUGGGAGGGAACAGGCAGAGAGAACAGUUCACCGCAGUUCUGCUCACUUACGAAAGAGACGCCGUGCUGGUUGGCGCUCUAGAACGUCUCCAUCAAUUGCCUUACCUCAACAAGAUCAUCGUCGUCUGGAACAACGUGCACCGGGAUCCCCCUGAAACGUGGCCGUCUCUCCACGUGCCCGUCGAAUUCAUCCGAGUGAAGGAGAACAGUCUCAACAAUCGGUUCGUUCCAUGGGAUCGGAUCGAAACAGAAGCCGUGCUCUCUCUGGACGACGACAUCGAUUUGAUGCAGCAGGAAAUUGUGCUGGCAUUUCGUGUCUGGAGAGAAAACCGCGAAAGAAUCGUCGGUUUCCCGGCCCGCCAUCAUGCCCGAUACGGAGAUUCCAUGUUCUACAACAGCAAUCACACGUGCCAAAUGAGCAUGAUCCUCACGGGCGCCGCAUUCAUUCACAAGGUAACUUUCCCCGUUUCCUCGUCGAUUUUCUCCAUCUUCCAGAAUUACCUGUCCGCGUACACAUAUCAGAUGCCGUCGGUCAUCCGGGAACACGUGGAUCGCAUCAGAAACUGCGAGGACAUCGCCAUGAACUACCUCGUCUCCCAUCUCACUCGCCGUCCUCCCAUCAAAACCACUUCGCGAUGGACACUAAAGUCCGUUUUCCUGUCGAAAUUAUAUCCAAUUCCCUCAUUUCUCAGAUGUCCAACCUGUACAGAAAGCUUGUUUAAAGAGGAUUCCCACUUCGAAAAACGCCACGAAUGCAUGCGAUUAUUCACUGAGGUUUUCGGCUACAAUCCAUUGAGGUCCAGUUUUCCGUCCUGAAUUAUCGCUCAUUCCCUUGUUUUUCAGAUUCUCUCAGUUCAGAGCAGACUCCAUUCUCUUCAAGACUCGGCUCCCACAAAAUCAUCAAAAGUGCUUUAAAUACGUGUGA